AUGUUUUCAGGAUUCGGAUCGGGCUUCUUUGGGGGCCAGAACUUUUCCCCAGUCAAUAUGAAGUUUGAAGAUUACUUCAGAUGCUAUCCAAUAGCUAUGAUGCCAGACAACGUACGCAAAGAUGAUGCCAACUUUGGCGGCAAGAUCUUUCUCCCACCUUCGGCUUUGAAUAAGCUCACAAUGUUGCAUAUCAGAUACCCAAUGUUGUUUGAGUUGACAAAUGAAGCGGCGAAUAUCAAAACUCACAGUGGUGUGUUGGAAUUUGUUGCAGAGGAAGGUAGAGUGUACAUCCCUCAAUGGAUGAUGACCACGCUUAAGUUACAGCCUGGAUCGUUGGUUAAGAUCGCAAAUCAUGAUUUGCCUAAUGGUAGAUUUACAAAGCUCGAGCCGCAGUCAGUGGACUUCCUCGAGAUAUCUGAUCCUAAGGCAGUGUUAGAGAAUGCUUUGCGAAAGUUUUCGACAUUAACAGUGGACGAUAUCAUAGAAAUUGACUAUAAUGAUACAAGAUAUGGUAUCAAGGUUCUAGAAGCCAAACCUGAGUCAGAAUCGAGAGGUAUCUGUGUAGUUGAAACAGAUUUAGAGACAGAGUUUGCGCCCCCUGUUGGAUAUGUGGAGCCCGAGUACAAGCCAAAAUCAGUUAAGCCAUCUACGACACCAAUCGAUCCAUCAAGCGUGAAAAAGAGUGCUGGCGCAGGCACCAUGGCACAAUCUAUCAACUAUGCAAAUAUUGUGGCGAACGCAAGCAAAACCAAUUAUAAAGGUACUGGACAGAAGCUUUCCGGUAAGGCUACUGGCACCGAGGAUAAAAAAAUCAGCAUUGAUGACUUGAAUCCUGACAUUCCUCCUGUUCCUUUGCAUUUGCCAUCUAACAAAAUAUUCUUGGGAUGGCCCGUCACAUUGCCCACCCCAGUAGAAUCGGAGAAUGAGCAAUCAGCCCCUAAGUCAUUUUCUGGCGAGGGAAAGUCACUAAGACAGAGCAAGAAGCGGUCCAACAAAGUCAAAGAGCACCCACCAUUGAAAAACCAUUCUCGUAGUCCAGACUACAUCGAGAUUGACGAUUAG